CCUCUCACUCACCGUCGCCGGCUCGCUAUCGCCAUCAUCCAGUGUUACCUUUGACGGUCGAACGCGCGGUCGUUCGCCGUCAGUGAGGUCGGUGUCGACGCUCGUGCAACACGUCUAUGAUGUUUCGGUGAUUUCAAAGUCGGACUUGUGAGUGGACGUUAACUCAUUACCCAUCAAAUACUGGAACACAGUGACAAAUAAAAAUCAAACUACCCUGGAUUUGGAUGUUUUUAUGGAUUGUGAAAAGUGACAAUUUGGAUUUUUGCGAAUCUAAACAGUGCAGUGUACCAACAAAAAAGGAUUGCAACUUAGUGACAAACAUUGGAUUUUGAUCGGAUGAAACUGAAGUGCUUUUUGGAAAACGGUGCCCGCCUUGUGAAGUGAAAAAUCAAAGGGGUGUCUCACCACCGACAGGACGGCGAACGCUGGUAGCACGGCAGGGUACGUGAACUCGUCUGUCCACUACGGGGGAGCGCAGGCUCCUGACCCUGGCAAACACAACCCUCAGCAAGGGACAAUUGGAUACAGAGUCAACAACCCUAGCGGCUAUGGGUGCGCCGGCGGUACGGGCGCGAUGAGCGGCGGGGGCGAGAACGCGCAGUUCGGCGCCACCGCCGCAAUGGUCGCCGCGGCCACCACGGCCGCGAUGCAGGACUCGCAGCCCUUCUCGCAGAUGCAGAACAAUAUGACUAUGGGAAAUCCCCAAUAUGGCGCGAUGAAUGGCUACGGCCAACAGCGCAGCCACAACCCGGCCAUGACGGGCAUGGGAAUGGGCGGGAACGGCGCCAUGAAUGGCAUGAACGGCAUGACUGGCAUGGGCCAAAUGGGCAACGGGGGGAUGAACGGCAUGAACCCAAUGGCGCAGAUGGCCAAUAUGGGGAUGCACGGCAACAUGAUGCCUUCGCAAAUGGGCCCGGCGCAAAUGACAGGCUCAGCCAAGAUGGGUCCUGGGUACCGGCAGCGACACAACCCUUACCCCUCUGGAACCAUGAUCAUGAGCCGGAAAACCCAAUACAUGGGGGGACAACCCGGCUUCGGCCCUGGGCAAUAUCCCGCUGGUUACGGAGGUCGGCCUGGAUUCCAGGGCCAAUACCCACCUCAGCAACCGCUAGGUCCAUCUGGGAAUUUCGGUGGUAACAUGAGAGGAACUAUGAGGCAGUCGACGCCACCUUACUCAAACCAGGGGCAAUACUUCAAUGGUGGCGUGCCGAGCCAAUUCCCACAGCACCCAGGUGGCAACGGACAAUAUGGAGGACAAUAUAGUGGACAAUUCGCACAAGAAGUGGCCAUGCGAACUAACAUGAGUUACCAGCAUAGUCCAGUGCCUGGGAAUCCUACGCCGCCUUUAACGCCAGCCAGCAGUAUGCCACCAUACAUCAGCCCUAACGCCGAUGUUAAACCCCAUUUUAACGAGCUCAAACCACCGAUGGGUAUCCAAAACGAUGAGCUCCGGUUAACAUUCCCUGUUAGAGAUGGUAUUAUACUACCACCAUUUAGGUUAGAACACAAUUUAGCAGUUAGCAAUCAUGUAUUCCAAUUGAAGCAGACGGUCCAUUCAACGUUAGUGUGGAGGUCGGACCUUGAAUUACAACUAAAAUGCUUCCACCACGAAGAUCGACAGAUGAACACGAAUUGGCCGGCGAGUGUUCAAGUGUCAGUCAAUGCUACACCAUUAAUAAUAGAUAGAGGCGAGAACAAAACAUCACACAAACCAUUGUACCUGAAAGAAGUAUGCCAGCCUGGCAGAAACACGAUACAGAUCACUGUUUCGGCAUGCUGUUGUUCACAUCUAUUCGUACUGCAAUUAGUCCACCGACCGAGCGUCCGAAGUGUCCUCCAAGGAUUGCUAAGGAAGAGGUUACUGACAGCUGAUCACUGCAUUGCCAAAAUUAAGAUGAACUUCAACCAAGCGCCGGCAAACAACAAUGGAUCUAAUACAGCAAACGAUAGGGACAGUGUCGAGCAAACCGCCUUAAAAGUGUCAUUAAAAUGCCCAAUCACGUUCAAAAAGAUCACAUUACCUGCGCGUGGGCAUGAGUGCAAACACAUACAAUGCUUCGAUUUGGAGUCGUACUUACAACUGAAUUGCGAACGGGGGUCAUGGAGAUGUCCAGUUUGCAACAAACCAGCGCAGCUAGAAGGUCUAGAAGUUGACCAGUACAUGUGGGGCAUUCUCAACACGCUUAACACAUCUGACGUGGACGAGGUGACUAUCGACAGUGGUGCGAACUGGAAAGCGGCAAAGAGUCCUAACAAUAGUGGCAUUAAGGUAAGUAAAGAGUACAUACAUUUAUUAAAAGGAAGAUCGCGAUUUUGCACUGAUUCUUGUACUAAAAUGAUUAUGCUAUUGCAGCAAGAAGAUGAUAGCAAUGACAACAGUGUAGGAAAGAGGAGCAAAGCGGUGUCGCCAGGCUCCAUGAACAUGCCCACCAUGAAUAACUGGGAUAUGAACCAAGCGUUAUCUCCUUACCUGCCACCUGACAUGAACACCAUUGCUAGCGGCUCUAUGAUCUCCUCGUACAACCAAAGCGGUCAGAAUAGAAACCCUGGGUCGAACAAUCAGAAUUACGACUUCGGGAUGAAUAAUGGCCCUGGAAGCAACGAGUUUGCAGGCAAUGGACCAUUAUCACACCUCAACGACAGCGUCAAUUCCUUGGACCCACUGAACGCGAUGGAGAAGAGUCUAAACGAACAGAUGCCUCACACACCUCAUACGCCACAUACACCUGGAUCAGCGCAUACGCCGGGUGGCGGCGGCGGCGCGCAUACGCCGGGCUCCUCUCACACGCCGGGCCCGCCAUCUGUCGGGCACCACAGUCUGACCGACGUUGAUAUACCCGCCGACCUCAACUUUGACCCGGCGGCCGUCAUCGACGGAGAGGGCACCGAUAAUCUCAAUCUGUUGCCGGAAACGAGCGUAGAUCCGAUGGAGCUGCUAUCAUACUUGGAUGCGCCGGCGCUGGGCGAGCUGCUCGCCACGCCCCCCUCCUCGUCCUCCUCGGCCGGGUCGCACCCCCCGCGCGCGCCCUCCUCCGACGACCUGCUAGCGCUCUUCGAGUGAACCUGCAACACACAGAUUCUCCUUGCAGACACGUAACGACAAAAUGCCGCGGCCACACAUUCACCUCGCUCAUGUUGGAGACGAGUUGGUAAAUUACCUUUAAUACCAUAACGGUAAGGGAAGUGCAGUUGAUUGUUGUUUUUCACGUUUAAUCCGGAAAUUUUGAUCUACACACGAAUCCAAUGUAGGGCCGCGGCGGAACUGCAUCACCAACCAAUGUCAAUUAUAUUCCUAACACUUGACUCAUAAUAAUUGACAUUCACUCAUUUCGUUACGCGAUCUGUCCGAUCGCUGUGUUCUUGCGGCGUUGAUUUAACUCGCUUCAGGCCAGAGAUGCCCGACAUUGUGAUACUAGAUUUUAGUUCCUUCUCCGCUGCCGGCUACGUUGAACAUUGUGAAUUAACCUUGUCAGGAUCUGACACCGCAGGCUGCACAGUCCUGACUGCAGCGUUCAACAUAGUCGCACCAAACGUCUUGUUCAAACAAUGAUGUUGGAGAACAUUUAUUAGGUAUUUAGGUAAAGUAUUGAGGCGAGGCGUGCGCCGCGUCGGCCAUAGACACUGCGGUGUUGUGCAUGUAUAGUUCCUCGCACCGCCGCAAACGGCGGCGCUACUGAGCUCCUUAUAUUCUAAACUCUAGCAUAAACUGUGACACAAAUUUUCAUUGAUAAUUCAAGUUCUUAUUCGAUAUAAUAUAAUCGAUUAGAGUAUUAGAUUUGUGUCCAUGAUUUGUGAAUAAUUCGCCGGGUGUAAAUAAAGAGUUAUUUUAUUGUGCUAGUUGGUUUGGUAACCCAGAGCGGGCGCGGUGCGGUGUACAUAUAGCGUAGGCGCCGCCGGGACGCUCGGAGGCAUUAUGAAUCUUAUAGUUCCUAUUGGAUGCGAGCGAACUAUAAUGUUCAAUUGCCAUUAAUUGUAAAAUAUUCCUUGACGUUUUCGCAUAUUCUGCAUUUUUAAAUGGUAAGAAACGAUAGGAUUAGUGAGUAUAGCGCUACUCGCAUAAUGGGUGAUAUAAUCUAAAUGAGUUGUUUGAAAUCAACAAAUUAAAUGGUAACAAAUUAGUUACAAAACUAUAUUGUAAAUGUGAGUGCAAAAAUGAACUCUGUUAAAUUAUUUUGCGUUAUGUGAAUCGAAGAAUGAUAGAAUAUAUUUUAAUUUCUAUAUAAAAUAAUGAACUGUAUUAUUUGUAAAUAUGAAUUUAGUUAAGAAUAUUAUAUUACCUAGUUAUAUUUAAGAGAACAUGGCAGAUACUUAUAUGACGGCCAGUUUAGUAUAGUAUUACUAAAAAUUUAAAAUCUACACAUGGUUUUACAUGUACAUAAUACAAAAUACCAUAUAAUUCAAGGCUACAUGCA